UAAAUAAAGAACGUUUAAAGAAAUAUAAAACCGUAACCUCAUAACUCCUAUAGACCGUUGCUAGUUGUUUAAAAUACGAUCAGGAUAUUUGUAUAAUACGUCAUCCCCCCCAACCCUACUAUAAUUAUCUUGCCACUUUAAUUUAUAAUUUUAGAUUUUUACUUAGUGUGGUUAAAAAUGAGUUCCCUGCCACAAUUGCAACAGCACUUCAAACAAAACAGUAAAUCAAAGGAAUAUUCUGCUCAUAGUUCUAAAGUACAUUCUGUAGCUUGGAAUAAAGAUGGGAGAAAACUAGCAUCUGGUUCUUAUGAUCAAACAGCCGCUGUUUUUAUCCUCGAUCGAGAUAAAUUGACAAAAGACUUCUCAUGCAAAGGUCACACAGAUAGUGUUGAUCAAUUAUGUUGGAACCCUUGUAACUCAGAGGUGUUCGCUACUGCCUCUGGUGACAAAACAGUUCGCAUAUGGGAUGCACGGUCGGGAAAAUCUUCUUCUACAAUUAAUACAAAAGGUGAGAACAUCAACAUAUGUUGGAGUCCUAAUGGCUCAAGUAUUGCUGUUGGUAAUAAAGAAGAUCUUGUUACUUUCAUUGACACUAAAACAUUUCGAACAAGAAACCAUGAGCAGUUUAAAGUUGAGAUAAAUGAAAUAACAUGGAACAACAGCAACGAUUUGUUUUUUCUCACAACUGGUUUGGGAACAAUCCAAAUACACAGUUACCCAGAUAUGAAGUUAAUCCAAUCAUUAAAUGGUCACACAGCCAACUGCAUCUGCAUUGAAUUUGAUUCAACUGGAAAAUACUUUGCUACUGGUAGCGCUGAUGCAUUGGUUAAUUUAUGGGACACCAAUGAACUGAUUUGUGUGCGGACUUUUUCAAGACUUGAUUGGCCAGUUCGAACCUUAAGCUUCAGUUCCAAUGGCCAACUACUAGCAUCAGCAUCUGAGGAUUUAUUCAUAGAUAUUUCAUGUGUCGCUACAGGGGAAAAAGUUUGUGAGGUUCCAUGCGAUUCACCCACAUUCACGCUUGCUUGGCAUCCAAAGCAUAAACUCUUGGCGUAUGCAUGUGACGAUAAGGAUAAAUACAACAGAGAUGCUGGUUCAGUCAAGUUAUUUGGUCUCCCUACUGAAUCGUGAUGUUUUGUAGCUUAAAAAACAUAAAUUCACUGCCAGUAAAGUAAAACUCUGCUUUUAUAUCAAUCGUAAACGUCAGUAUACAAUAUACUACUAUAUUGUUUUGCUAAUUUUGAAUGGAAUAAAUUUUCACUCUUUGUAA